AUGAGUCUCGUCGACUACGGCUUCUACUCUGACGAGGAGGCAGACGGCGACAACUCAGACCCCUCUUCCGUGCCCCCCAACUCCCUCACCGACAGCAGCAGCAGCAGCAGCAGCAGCAACAGCAGCAGCAGCAGUAGUGGCGCAGCGGCAAGCAGCAGCAGCUGUGCGGUAGACAAUCAGCAGCAACAGCAUCCGCCGGAUUCUUCUCCAGGUAAUGCAGAGAAUUCUCUUUCUGAGUGGGAGUCAACAAAUACUUCUUUAAACUCCACUGCUGCCUCUGCAGCAGCAUCAGCAGCAGCAGCACCAGGCUCAUUAUCAUCAUCAGCAGCAGCAACAGCAGCUUCGCGCGCAGCAGAGUAUACACUGCAGACAACCCCUUCUUCUCCCGCAGGUAGGAGCAGCAAAGGAAGAGACACACCAACAGUAGCAGGUGGAGCUGCACCUGCUACUGCUGCUGCUGCUUCUCUCUCUGACAGCAGCAAGGGCGCCUUUAGGAGCUCUUCUCCUGCAGAUACUUUGCAACAAAGGGAAGCAGACAACGAGACAGACGCAACAGACUCAGAAGCUGCUGCAGAGGGAGAUGCAGAGGUCGCCAGCUUCGUAGAGCGGCUGCCUAAGGGCCCGCCGCCUCCCGAAUUGUUGGCAACCAUAACUCGUCUGCAAAAUUUGAAGAGACGCGGAAUUACUGUGAACGCCAACAUCAACACUUCGUUAGACUUUAAAAACCCGUACCUCUUAGAAAAAAUUAUGAAACUCUUCGGUAUUAACCCAUACUCCUCAAACUUUCCUCCGGGCUCGGCAGAGGCCGCCGUCGGUCCUCCGUUUGAAGUCGAAGGAGAAAAAGAAACGCCUUUUUAUCUUUAUGUUGCCAAACGCCAGGAUAGGCGACGGCAACGGCGGGAGAAGCAGCGAGAGGUGAAGGAUUCAUAUGCUGCUGCUGCAGCAGCAGCAGCACCAGCUGCUGUUCCGAGUGCCUCUGCUUACAGCAAAACGCAUGCAGCAGCAGCUGCUAGUAGUAAGUGA